UUCACAUGAAAUAUGUUUCUUAACCGUUCCUUUAUGCUUUAGUGGCUUUAAACAAUAUGUAAAUUCAAUACUUUUGUUGCCAGAAAAGUUUUUGAAGUAGUGACAUAAUUAGGUAAAUAAAUCGUUUUAGGACCGUUUUUGAAUGUUUGGUGGUGUUUUAGUGAAAUAGUUGGCUGAAGAUGAAGGUAAAGGAGUUGAAGAAGACGGUGAACGUGUGCUGGUCGCCGGCGGAGACACACCCCGCGUACCUCGCGGCCGGCUCCGCGGCGCAGCAGGUCGACGCUUCAUUCAGCUCGAACUCCACUUUAGAACUCUAUUCCUUGAACUUGGAAGACCCUGGACUAGACUUAGAACUGAAAUCCAGCCUCCAGACACAGCAUAAGUUCCAGAAACUAGUAUGGUCGGGUGCUGGUGUGGUGGUGGGGGGCUGUGAUGGAGGCUUGCUGGAGUUCUACAGCGCCGACCGUCUGCUCAAGGGCUCCACUGAUGCGCUCCUUGGCAGCAGCUCUAAACACAAUGGCCACGUGUCAGCGCUAGACAUCAACCCGUACCAGCGCAACCUGCUAGCGUCAGGGGCAGCUGAGAGCGAGAUCUUCAUCUGGGACCUCAACAACACGGCGCAGCCCAUGGCGCCCGGCAACCGCUCCCAGCCGCACGACCACGUGCAAGCUGUCGCCUGGAACCACCAGGUACAACACAUCUUAGGGUCGACGUUUGCAACACGCUGCGUCGUUUGGGACCUUAGGAAAAACGAGCCCAUUAUGAAGUUGAGCGACUCGCAGGGCCGCACCCGCUGGCGCGCGCUAGCGUGGCACCCGGCCGUGGCCACGCAGCUGCUCAUCGCCUCCGAGGACGACGCACACCCCGUGCUGCAGCUCUGGGACCUCAGACUGGCAGCUUCCCCACUAGUCACCCUGGAAGGUCACCACAAGGGCGUGAUGGCAGUGUCGUGGAGCAGCGCCGACAGUGACCUGCUGCUAUCAGCUGGCAAGGACGGACGCGUGCUGGCAUGGAACCCUAACAACACUACGCCGGGCGGUGAGCUACUACUGGAAGUGAGCCAGCAGCAGCAGUGGGUGUUCGACGUGGCGUGGUGUCCGCGCAAUCCCGGUCUGAUAGUCACCACCAGCUUCGACCAAGAAGUCGCUGUGCACUCAUUGCUCGGAGGAACUACCCCUGAGAGUACGCAGGCCAGCGCCAGCAGCAUCAUGGAGUCGUUCGGCGCGCAGCAGCUGAGCCAGCUGCCGGCCGUGAGCCGCGGCGCCGCGCCGCCCGCGCCCGCGCGCCCCCCGCAGCCGCCGCGCCCGCCGCGCUGGCUGGCGCGCCCCGCCGGGGGCAAGUUCGCCUUCGGAGGUAAAUUGGUCACUUUCGAGAAAUGCCCACAAGAGGCGGGAUCACAAAAACUAGUUCACAUUAGUCAGGUUGUCAGUGAACCAGAAAUAGUGGAGAGAGCGACGGAAUUAGACUCAGUAUUAGGUUCCACUCAGAGUCAGGACCCGAAUGCUACCGAGCGAUUAGCUGAGUAUUGUCGCCAGAAGGGUGACGCAGCGACGGAGCAGCACGAGCGCUACACGUGGUACUUCCUGCGAGCCAACUUCCUGCCCACCUUCCGCAGCGAGGUGCUCAACCUAUUAGGCUUCAAACAAGACGAAAUAUCGUCCAAAUUUAAAGGCACUUCAUCUCUGGGCGACGCGCCGCAGUCCGAUGCGUUGCUAAGUCGGGGGGAAUCCACGGAGACGGAAGCAGAACUAUCCACGGACACUAGCACUGAUUUAUCUGAUGCACAUACAUUGAUCGAGAGGAAACUAGCAAACGUCGACCUGGGACCAUCAGCCACCAACGUGGUCAUACCCAAUGGCGAUGAUAGCACCAGCACGAUCUGUCGCGCGCUGGUGUGCGGCAACUUGGAGGAGGCCGUGGAAAUGUGUCUCGAAGCCAAGAGGGUCGCCGAUGCCCUCAUCAUCGCCUCUCUGGGCAGUCAAGAGCUCCUCUAUAAAGUCCAGAAGUACCAUCUGAAGCAGACGGCUUCCGACCCGGUGUCCCUGAUCGCGGGCAGUCUAUUGCUGUCUCGUUGGGACUCGCUGGUGUCGGUGGCUAGUGGCAGCAGCUGGAGAGAUACCCUGGCGGCGCUCGUCACCCACUGUGACGGGUCGGCCUUGCAGCACUACUGUGAAAUGCUCGGCGACAAGCUGUCGAAGGAAUCGGAUCCGGCGUUGCAAGAGGCGGCCACCAUCUGCUACCUGUGCGGCGUGAACCCCGAGUCGCUGGUGGGCCGCUGGGCGCGGCAGCGCGGCCAGCGCGAGGCGGCCCCGCUGGCGCGGCUCACGCAGCUGGCGCUGCUGGCGCGCCGCGCCGCCGCCGCCCGGGGCUGCCAGCUGCAGUCUCUCGGCAGGCUAGAAUCGGUCCUGAACGAGUACGCGUCCCGCCUGGCGGCGCAGGGUUGCCUUCACUCCGCGCUCAACACGCUCGAAGGGGUCGAGCAGACCGAGCUGAGGGAUAGACUGAUGAUCGCGCUCGGGAUGCUGCAUACUGGACAGAGAAGAGUCAGCCAUCAGCCCGCGGGCCCCGCGCCGGGCCGCGGCCGCGCGCCCAGCACACACUCGCAGCAGCGCGGCCGCCUGCUGGCGCACCACGACGGCAACAACGCCUACAGUGCAGAGUGUCCGCAGGGCGGCGACGCUGACCAUCUACCGAUUGCAUACGGGCGGACGACGACUCUCGAAAAAUGCUGGUGUGGUAGGUGGCUAGUGCUUCCGGCCAUUUACACUCAAAUAAGACCCAGAGGGGGCGAGGUAAAUCUAAAAUUGGCACGGGGCGGAGAGUUACUGUUCUAUACUUUAUGCCAAUUGUGUAAGUUGUUCGCAGUGCCCCCGUCGUACGAGCAGUCGCAGGCGCAGGCGCCGGCGUGGCAGGCCUCCGUGGCGGCGCCGCCGCGGCCCGGCAGUACGGGGCCUAGCGCUGGUGGUCUAACAAGCAGGUCCAAAUACAAGGUAGACCCGUCGGUGCAGUCUGCGCCGCUGUACAACCAGUACAGCUUCGGCGGCCCCGCCGGCGCGGCCGGCUACAGCAGCCCACUGCCCGACCAGUACGGCGCCGCCAGCGUACCGGCUCCUGCGCACGACUUUGCACCCAUCAACUCACAAAUUGGCUACCCCCCCUACCCGGGCGGCUACGCGCCCCCCCCGGCGCCGGCCGUCAACGGCGCGCAGUACCCGCCCCCCGCCGCCCCCGCCGACCCCCCCGCGCCCAGCAGGCCGGUGCCGCCCGGCUGGAACGACCCCCCCAUGCUGAACAGCGCUAAACCUAAGCCAAAACAAGAAAUGCAGCAACAAGCGCCGAUCACCCAUCCUCUCUUCGGCGUCGAACCACCUCAGCACGUUCCACUAAACCCGGUUCAAUCAUACCCGGGUCAACAGUAUACCCCCCAGUAUCCGGGCCAACAGCAAUACCCGGGCCAGCAGCAGCAGUAUCCGGGUAACCAAUAUCCGGGUAACCAGUACCCGGAGCAACAGUACCCUGGGCAGCAGCAGUACCCGGGACAAUACCCGGGUGCACCGAUGCAGGGGUAUCCGCAACAGGCGGAGAGCCCGGCCCCGGCGGAGGUGGCGGCGCCGGUGCAGAAGGCGCCCAUCCCGGAGCAGCACGUGCAGCUGCAGACGGUGUUCGAUGCGCUGCGGGCCGACUGCGCCGCCACCGCUGCCAACCCCCAAAUGAAAAGGAAGUUAGAAGACGUCCAAAAGAGGCUAGAAACUUUAUACGAUAUGCUUCGUGACUACAAACUAUCAGAAAACGCGUUAAGCCUGCUCCACACGUGCGCGCAGUACGCCCAGGCUGGCGAGUACGAGCACGCGGUGCACGUGGCGACGUCGCUGGCGACCGGCGCCGACUUCGCGGCCGCCGCGUCCUUCCUGCCCGGACUCAAGGUGCUGUUCCAGCUCGCGCAGCAGCUGCAGGUGUACGCGCGGUGAGGACGCGCCUUUAGCACUACGUAAGCCGUUAUGUUCCAUACUCGGAUAGGUUCAGAUAAAAGGGUUAGACGUUUGAGGCCUGUCGCACGGGGGCGAUUUCGUAUGAAUUUGAAGAAAGAAAAUAUUUAGUUCCAUAUUGGACGCCACAUUUACAAACUUACAUUACAGAAAUAAAUAAAAAAAAUAGAAAAAAAAACAAAGACAAAUAAUACAGACAUUAAAUACACAAUGGAGGCGCCCAAAAUAAAAAAAGGAUCUCCCUCAGCAUAAUGCCGUGACACGUGCUUAGCACGGGCCGCGGCGCUGGUAUUAUGGGAGACCUAUCGAACGUGAAUUUGACUACCUCUACGCACGAUUACGUCUAGAAGUGUCAACUCGCACCCAGCGUGCGCGCGUCCGUACUACUUAUAAUGUAGAUAUUGUUCGUGCGUGUUCAUACGUGUACGCAUAAUUCGAAUUCGUACGAAAACGCGUGUAAUGUAUGACUGGCGUAAAGAAUAUAUGAUGGUAAAAUACUGUAAUUUACAGCUACAGAUUUUUGCUUCCUUAAAUAAAUAAUGAUGGACUACUUAUAGGUUAAUACAGCUAAUAUCCUCGCGUGAAUCUAUCAUGUUUCUAAAAAGUGAGCGUGUUUGAGCCCAACGCUCAAACAAAUCAAAGAAAUCAUUGGAGUAAGAAAUCAUUGUUACUAACAACCUGGGUCCAAGUUACCCGUAAUAUAUUUUUUUAAACCCCUGGACCACGGAGGCCGUUUAUAUGCAUUUACACAAUGAUGUGUGUAAGACGUCCUGAGAUGUAAAUUAGUAUUUUACUAUUUUUAUAUUCUUUGUAGUGAUUACAUUCGUUCGUCGUCCCUUGUUUAUGUUGCCCCGUUAUUCCGAGGUUUAUACUAUGAUAAAAGACUUAACACCUCGAAACUUUGCUCAGUAGGCUACAAAUUGAUUUACACCUUUUGAAAACUGUUUUCUUCUUUGCUUUUGCACGUGAUUUGGUUACAUUCAAAUAUAUUGAAGAAAUUAACAUAGAGCUAAUAUUACCAGAAGUGACCUUCCGUACUGGAACUUGACUAAAUUGUAACCUAUAGUUAAGGUACAGCUUAAACACUAUAUAAAAAUUUCUUUCUUAUUGCGUGAGCGUGAGCGAGACAGACAAUCCACGCGCGCUCCCUUAGCUUACUGUCACUUAGGGUGGUAUUAAUAAACCAAUCUCAGCUUUGAGACGGCACUCAAGAUCAUGUCAAUGUGACAGUUCUCAUAUAAAAACAGGGACUUGAGCAUGAUCUUGAGGGCAGUCUCAGCUGAGAUUAGUUUAUUAAUACCGCCCAAAGUGACACCCAGCGGGGGUGAGGUAAAUCUAGCUCGGCACCGAUACGAAAUGGUGCGGGGCGGAGACUGUCCUUUCGAAACGGAGUAUUAUUCUUUAUUAUAUGGUUUAGACAGUUUAUCUUAGACGUAACAGAAGAAUCAAGAUUUGAUAUGCGGUGUAGUUCAAUUUGUAGCAGACAGUAGGUUAGCGGUAGUAAACAAUUAAUUGGUAUGAAAUAUUGGAAUUAUGAUAAAGCUUAUCCAAAAUAAUAUAUUUACAGAAAAAUAAAAAUAAAUUUAUUUUGUUAUUUUCUUAAUUUUAAUUUUUUAAUUCUCCCCGGGCGUGUUUAAUUAUUAAUUAAUUUUACUGCCAUUUCUGUUGUCUUAUUUAAAUGAUCCUCUUUUAAUAUUUAUUAAAUAAAACAAACUAACUUCCAAAAAUAAAUAAUUAUUUCGUGUGCAGAGUAAUUAAUGUGCAAUGGUGAAUAAUAAACUUAAUAAUUUAAUUUAUUAUAAUUAUGAAUGUAUUUUGUGUUUAAUAAUUAAUAGUUUUAAUGUGAUUUAUUUAUUUGCCCAACAAUAUAGUAACAUACAAAAUAAAUGCAAUAAUGUAAUGCAAGUGUAACAGUGAAUACAUUAAAACGGUGGAUCAAAGAUAGACUUGAAUCAAGUGUACCAUAAGCAGGGGUAUUCAAAUCCUGUAUUUUCCUAAAGUUUUCUAAAAUAAUAAUAAGUCGAUCAACUGAUACCUAAACAUUAUGUGGCAGCAUGUCCCCUGUCAAAGACGCUACAAUCACUUUUAGAUGACAUCUAAACUUUUCAAUAAAAAGUGAAUGGGCCAUUUUCUUUUUUAGAAUUAUGAAAAAUGGUUCUUCACUGCCACUGGCCAUUGCCAAGAUGCUAUGGAAAGAAAAAAAAACUUUGAUCUUUAGGAAAUAAAUGGUUCCCUUAAUUUUUGCACAAAUCCACGUUUUCUCUUCGUGUUCUCAUUCUCUCGGUACAUUCUGAUAAGAUUCUGUAUUCUUUCUUCGUUAUUUAUUUUCAAAACAUAAUCAUAAAUAAUGUAACGUUCCGUUCCUUGGAGUAACCUAUCAAGUUCAGAGUCAUCUAUCCAGCCGCUAGGAAAAAAAGUAAAAAGAAAAUCCCUCAUUGAAUAUAAAAAUUGUAUUCUUCAUAAUAUACUUUUUACGCUAUAGGAAGUCUCCACGAUAUUAUGCCCUUUUAUUUUCAGAUGUUUUAUUUCAAAGUAUUUAAAAAAGUACUUGUCAAAUAUUUUAUUUGUGUUAAUUUUUUUGUGACAGAUUCUAAAUACAAAUUUCAAAACCCAAAGGUUCCUUUUUACCUUUCAGGUGCGGAACUCUGAAUAGUGAAUGACCACAUUAAUACUACUGCAAAGCUUAUAAAGGUGGCUACACACCGGAAGCAUUCACUUAACAGAUUCGAGCAUUAGACUUAUUAAAAUCACCUUAUGAAUAUAAUAAUAUGAUAGAUAUCUGGGUCAAAGAUAAAUUAUAAAACGCUAAUCUAGAAAUAGAUAAUUCUAAGAUGAUUAUUUAUUAUUUAUUUAUUAAAGAACAUACAACAUUACAGUAUGGCCCAAUGCGCUGUCUGACGAGAAAACAAUAUACAAACUAAUACAACAAAAAUAAACAUUGAAUGAAAAAAAGAAACAAAAAAUAAUUUUCAACAUGUCAUGUAAUUAUUGAUGUACCUAUUUUACUGUAGCAUAAUAUUAUGCAAAAUAAUAUUUUAGUGAUUAAGUCGAAUUUCAAAUGGUUACAAGUGAAUGAUCCCGCGCAAUACCCACCCUAUAGUUGUACGUUACAAUAAACACAAAUAGAUUUUAUAAUGACUAGUGCCUUUAUACUUUGUAUGCAAAAACUGCAACUACUUAUGCUAGUUGAUUAAAAUAGUUACUACUAAAAGCAGAAGACAAACUCAAUCUCACGUGGUUUUAGUUAACAUAAUGAAGCAUAAGACGAUAUCCCAAUGGAGUAGUCAGAGAUAUAUCCAUCGCAAGAUGAAUUAAGUACAGUCAUGAGCAAUACAAUGUACCCACUUUAGGACUCUGUCGCACUAACAUAUUUGACAUUUAGUGAGACUUACAGUUCAAUUUGUCAAAAAAGUUAAUGUGCCAUGGUACCUAAUUGUAUACAUAUUAAUGCUCGUGACCGUACCCACAUCUCACCGAGCUUUCUGUUAGACCAACGUGAUAGGUGGUGAGACGUACAGUCCAUAAUGGUCGAGCCAACUGUGUUAAUGCAAACUGCGGUUAAGAUAAAUUAAUAAGUAUUUGGUGUAAAUCCGGUGCCGGGGUUCGAACCCGCGCUCCCCGAGAAGCAAGCCGGUGUACACCACUGAACCAUAUUGACUACAUAAUAUCAUAACUGAUAACAAUGCAACGCUAUCGAUCCAUCGCUGUUCGUGUUGUGUGAACGAAUGCUAAUAAUUACUGUUACUAUGAACCAUUAACAAUGUAUUAUAGGUUUAUUACAUAUUGUAUUGAUGAAUAAAAAUAUAUUUUAGUA